ACUUAAGGUAAGACAAGAGGACUGGCCGGGGGGACCGGGGGGACCUGUCCGACAUUGAGGAGGAAUUUCACGACUGACUUCUUCUAUGUGGAAAGUCGUCUACUCUCUCUGGCUCGAGGACAGAUUGCAAAGUCCAGCUUAUGACUAUCGUACACGGCCCCCUUUAUCUGGAUCUGGCUAUUCGGGGUACCUGUGAAAAGAUUCAAUCUUUCUUCUUUGCUUUCUUUUCUUAAUUCAUGACUGGACCCCUGUCUAUCUAGUAUGUGAGUGAGUAAGUCCCCCCAGGCAAGUCCGCCAGGUUGUCCGGUUUAUCGGGUUCAGUCUGCAAAGAUGAACUAUUUCCCCCCAUCUUUAAAUCAAUUUCUCAUCUGGUUCUUCCUCGGAGUUUUCAUCGUAUGAUUAUUGUCUUUCACAGUUGUUCCUUUACGUUUAUAUAUUGUUGGGGGUGUUCGGAAGAUUAUUAAUGAUGUCUUAUAGCCAUUCAGAUCCACCUUGUAGUUCCUUAACAAGAGCUUCAACUGCACAGAGGAUGUACCAAGCUUUUAUUAUCUCUAUUCCUGUCUCCUCUGCUUUCAUCGUCCUCCUCUUCUUCUACUUGUGCUAUCUUCGCCGCCAGAGGGCCGAUUGGUCGUCUAUACGAAUGCAAGCGUCUUAUGGCAACAACAACAAUGGUAUCUCCGGGUCUGAAUUGGGCAUGAAGAAAGAACUAAGAGAGAUGCUACCCAUAAUUGUGUACAAGGAGAGCUUCUCUAUUAGAGAUACACAAUGCUCAGUAUGCCUGGCGGAAUACCAGGCAGAGGAUAGGCUUCAACAGAUACCUGCCUGUGGCCAUACAUUUCAUAUGGACUGCAUUGAUCACUGGCUCACUACCCACAGCACCUGCCCACUCUGCCGCCUCUCUCUCCUUCCUACCUCUAAGUCUUCAACUGAACUACCACUUAUACAUGUUGAAACUAGUCAAGAAUAUUCUGUUACUGUGAAUUGUAAUGAUGCAUCGAUACAACAGAGGCCCCAUGCUUGGGAAGAAAUACAAGCCAUACAAAUAUCUGAAUCAAGCCACGGAGAUGCGAGACUUCCCCAAAACAAUUCUAAAGAAGAUGCAAGAAACUCCGAUUGUUUUGAUCAUGAGAGAGAAUUUAGGGGUUCAAGAUAUGACAUUGAGCGACAUGAGCCUCAUGAUGGAUUUUCUGCUUGACCUAUCUCAAGAACUGAGCCAGGACAGCUGAAAAUGCCAUCAUGAAUCAGACGCUGCAUCAUGGGUACUGCUCUCCAAGUGGGAUGUUAAAGAGCAAGAACCAAGUCUCAUGAGACCAGUUUUCCACUAGAAGGCAAGAAAAAACUAAACAAAAUGAUCGCCAAUUGAUUAGGAACUAAGAGAAGUUUACAACGUUUGUGAAAAUAUUCCUGGAUCUUUUGAUUUGAGUUUAUUCAGGGUGCACAGCAGUCUUAUCUGAUAGAAAACAGGAACCAAUUUUUAUUGGGAUCGUGAUUCUCAUGUUUGUGUAUGAAGAGCAGCUCUAAGCCUCUAACUAGAUCAGAGCGAUGGGCGAACGAUCAGAGUUGUAACUACAUUAGCUUUGAUAAGAGCUACAAUGUGUUGUACAUGGGAAACCAUGGUUUCAAGAAGAACUUUGAGCUCUAAUGCACCUGCUUCUUUCUUUGAACGUAAA